UCCAGGCUGAAAAUCCUUUGGUCGCGGCUGCAGAUGGGGAUGAAAAGGGUCUCUCCCCAGGUGGCUGAGCGGGGCUGUUGCCAAGAAGGAACUGGCGGCCUCAUCUCUGGGGCAAGGGCUGCCUCGUCCCCGGCGGCAACUCGCCUCUGGCACGGCUCCUGUGUCUCCGACAGCCUCGCCUGUCGCUUCGCAUCAGCCUCGCCCCUCUGGCCAGCCUCCUCCAAGCCCUUAAUCCGGUGAUCCUCCAGGGUUAUAAAUAUUAAUGCCCACCACGACCAUCAUCACCACCAGCAGCGCCUUCCCGUCGGGGCUAUAAGCGUCAGAGGACGACUCAAGUCACUAUGACCUCCGCCACCACUAGUCCCAGCACAUCCUCCACCUCCAGCGAAUGGCCCCCUCACCACCACCACGAAGGAAGGCUGGGGACCCCAUCCAUGCUGGACCUGUUGGCCGAUCUCAGCACCGAAGGGCUUCCCCGACUGGCGGCGGCCCCUUUGGAUCUCUACGCAUUCCCCUCCGGCGCUCCCUUUGGCCAAAGGUCCUCUACUGCCUCCGGAGGACUGCUCCGCAUGGGUGAGGAAGACCCCGAGGUGGAAGAAGAAGACGAGGAGGAGGGGGAGGAGGAAAGAGAACGGGGGCCAGAUGGAGGGCUGAGGAGGGCCGCUUUCCUGAGCAGACCCAAGCGCAAGCGCCUCAUCACGCACACCCAGCGCCAGGCGGCCAACGUGCGGGAGAGGAAGAGGAUGUUCAACCUCAACGAAGCCUUCGACCAACUGCGCAGGAAGGUGCCCACCUUCGCCUACGAGAAGCGCCUCUCCAGGAUCGAGACGCUGCGCUUAGCUAUAGUCUACAUCUCCUUCAUGACCGAGCUGCUGGAGGGCCGCGGGGCCAGCUAGGGCGAGGCGGGGGCGCCGUCCAUCCAAGGAUGGAGAGCACUCGGAAGUCCAUAGCUGCGCGCUCCCAAGGCAGGCUGGAAGGCGGAAGAGAAGAGGCAGGGAGACAUUUCUUUCAGGCUGAAGGCAGCUCCUGAGUCGGUCUUCUCUAGAGAAACUAAGGAGCGGGCGCACGUCGAGGCCAUAUAACUGGCACUCUUCAGUUAUUAUCACCGCUGACUUGCAACGAAGGACUCCUCUGCCGCUUCUUUUGGACCGGAGAGGAGAUCUGAUGGGAUGGUGCGGCAACUGACAAGGGUAAGGGGUCGUUUGGACCCCCAGUGGG